UAAACCCCAUGAUAUAAUACUUUUGCCCCUGGCGAUCCCAAAUCAGUGGGAUCAGUUCUGAAGUGGCUUUGCAUUCUUUCCGGCAGUGCAGGGGUUAAGUCGCACUGGCAUCUGUUCCUCCAUUCCCAGAAGGUGUGCAACACGUAUAGUCACCAGCAGGGGGAGCCCGGCCUAUCCCAAGCGUGGCUGCCUGCUCAGUGGGCUGUGUGAAUGAAAUUCCCAGCGGCUGUUCACGCUGGAGCUGCUCACACACAGGAUCUAGUGCCGGACCUCUCUCCUGCCCCCGCCGUAACACUGAGCUGAGGCAAAAGGAAUCGCUGACACCUUGGGAGAGCGGGGUUCCCGGACAGAAGACCAUGAAGCCUUUCGUGCCUUCAAUGGACAGUUGACUUGCAUAAUCUAAGGCCAGAUCUUCACAUUCCAGCUUGCACUCUAUUGUGUUCAUUUUCCGAGGAUAUUACACAGAAAAGAGAUGUCCAUAGGACUAAAGCAGGUUUUUAACAAGGACAAGACUUUUAGGCCUAAACGGAAAUUUGAUCCUGGUACCCAGAGAUUUGAACUUCAUAAGCGAGCACAGGCUUCUUUGACCUCAGGCGUCGACCUAAAAGCCACAGUACAGCUGCCCAUCGGAGAAGAUCUUAAUGACUGGGUGGCUGUUCACGUGGUAGACUUUUUCAACAGGAUUAACCUCAUCUAUGGAACGGUUUGUGACUUUUGUACAGAAAGGACCUGCCCUAUUAUGUCUGGAGGCCCAAAAUAUGAGUACAGGUGGCAAGAUGAUAACAGGUAUAAGAAGCCCACUGCCUUACCAGCACCACAGUAUAUGAAUCUCCUUAUGGACUGGAUUGAAGUACAAAUCAACAAUGAACACAUUUUUCCUACUAGUGUGGGAGUGCCUUUCCCAAAGAACUUUCUUCAAAUCUGCAAAAAAAUCCUGUGCAGGCUGUUCCGGGUCUUUGUGCAUGUCUACAUUCAUCACUUUGACCGCAUCAUCAUGAUGGGAGCAGAAGCCCACGUCAAUACCUGCUACAAGCACUUUUACUACUUUGUAACAGAACUGAACCUUGUUGACCGCAAGGAGCUGGAGCCUCUGAAAGAGAUGAGUGCACAAAUGUGUCAGUAAAGAUGGAGCACAUGAAACAUGAAAACCAGCCCUGGAUCUCAACAUCGUUUGCUUCCAAAGCAGCAUGGGAAUCCUAGCAGCCCCUGCACACUGCUCUGGCUCCUGUGCUGCUCCUGUGGGGCCGUGAGAUAGGCGACUAAUUCACAGACCUUUCAUGGACCUUUUAUCAAAUACAACAAUGUUAAUUAGACAAAAUAACAAGUCCAAUGCAUAACUGGAUUUCACAUUACACACGUGCUUCUUUAAAAACACUUAUUUUUCUAAUGAAAUUUUAGGAUUGUUCCAAUUUUUGCUAACCCUGGUUUUAUAGAUAGAUCCUUAUUUUUUCAGGAUUGAAUUUUUAAUUUGGUUUCUGCUUGAAAGUGGUGAUGAUUGCACAUCCUUCUUCCUCAUGGAAACAACAAAUUCUGUCCGUCAAUUUUACACACAAAACAUUUAAUACCAGAACUGACUGCCUGAUGUCAUAUAACAAUGUCCUAGGGCUGCUGUAUAUACCCAGUAAUGCAUCCCUGCAUCAAAUUCAGCUCCACAAUGAAACGGAUUCAUGUUGUGUAUUGCCAAACAUAUCUAUACAGGUAUUAUGCCCUCCAUACAUGACAUACAAUCUGUUACAAUUGUAGUUAUGCUAAAAUGUUCCAAAGAUUACAUAGGCUGAAAAAGGCAAAUCAUAUAGGAUAUUUAAAGAAUGGGAAUGGCUAGAAGUGCUGUAUUGUAUAUAAUAGGGAUGCACUUAAUCCAGGAUUUGGUUCGGGAUUCGGCCUUUUUCAACAGGAUUAGGAUAUGGCCUAAUGCUUCUGCCCGGCAGAACCGAAUCCU